AUGGCGUUUCAGUCGCGCAACACAACCGUCGACGCUGGUGGAAAUGUCGUCUCCAGUGAUCCAGACUUCUUCAAGUUCGGCGCGCAGAUUWCCAUGAAGGUCACAAUCGACGGCAUCAAGCACGAGGAUGUCAUUGCCGCCGAAACCUUCUUCAUCGAGGGAGCAUCAAUCGAGGAUCUCAAGAAGACGCUCACGAGACUUAUCGGAAAGCCUGCCCACCAGUUCAAUAUCGUAAAUAACAUCGAGCUCGACCUCUCCUACCUCGGAGAAGGAGAAGUCGCUGCAGUUGAUGAUCACAGUUGGGGCAAGCUGGCCUGGGAGAUAGUCGAGCUGCUCUCGUACCCAGCAAAGUUGAAGAGCUUUCACGUGGGAACUUCACCCGCUGUUCCAGCCAAGGCUUGGGCCCCAUUUGCACACCACCUCGCAGACCAUGCGCGUUCCAACACACGUCGGCCGUCUGGAUAUCUGCGACAUCUCCGCGUAUUGGGCCUCAUGCCCGGCUUCGAGUGCCUCGCGGACUGCUUCGACAAGGUACAGCGGAUUGUGUACACCACGGCAAUGCAUGGAGGAUCCGAAACGCAAGUUGCAACAGAUGCCUUGAUUGCUGCCAUAAGCCGUGCUACUUCCAUCGUCGAGCUUGAUCAUACUGCAGCAUCCCCCACUGCGUCAAUCGGGCUAGCAGAUCUCAAGAAAAUACACGACACCAAGCAAGGCACCCUUCGUAAGCUUUAUUACGGGUAUGCCCAAAAGACUCACUUCGUGAACAUUAUGCCAUUGCUGGGGUACUUCGAAAAGCUUUCACGCGUGUCCUUCAACGCAAUCUCGCUCUCAAACUCCAUCCACCUGCGCUGGUAYGACAGAUUGGGCUCGCUGCACACAUCCGUAGAGCCGACAGAUGAUCAACYGUUCUCGAUUGGAGAGGCUUUGCGGUUUGUGCAGAUCAUCAAGGCUUACAUCCCAAGCCUCGACUUUGUCUAUGUCAGUCGCACGAGACCUGGACAGAYAACUGGUAUCCUUAAGAGUCGCAUUAUAGUGGAGAUCUCCAAAGUCACUGGGAACUUGCAGCACCGCUUCAAGGCUGGUAACGUUGACUUGAGCGGGGAGCAAUUCGACUUGACAAAGCCAGCGUACACGGUCGUUCUUGACCACGAGCGUGCCACUACGGAUCAGAAGCACAUGCUGGAACAACUUGACAGCAUCAUCACCAGUCCAGUUGACAUAAACAAGUGUAAAGUCACAGCUGGUCUUGUUACUGUCGGCACGGCGGGGACUACUCACACGAAUGCACAGUCUGCUGUCAAGUUGAAACCCAUCUCUAGCGGGAGCGGAGGCAUCGGAACGAUCGACGGCAAACCAGUCUAUGGACCUCACCGUCCAUGA